AUGGAGCUGAACGACAGACUGAUCAUCUCAAAGCCGCUAUACAUCAGCGAGGCGGCGGACCCGCAGUGCGGGUACUGCAAGGGCCGGAAGGACAGCAAGAACAACUACGCGUGCGAGUCAUGGCACGAGCGGUACGCGGCGGGGGGCGGGGCGGCGUUGCGGACGGCGACGAUCGGGCUGCAGGCGGAGUUGCUGCCGGUGCAGGUGUACGACGAGCUGUGCAACAUGGGGUUCCGUCGUUCAGGGGACUUUGUGUACAAGACGGACCCGCUGCGCAAUUGCUGCCGGAUGUACACGAUCCGGACGAGCAUGGCACAGCUGCAUGCGUCGAAGGAGCUGCGCAGCUGCGUGAAGCGGUUUCUGCGGCACAUCGGGGCGGGCGCGGGCGGGCAUGGCGUGGAGGCGCUGGUGGCGGCAGAGCAGGCGAGCACGCGGUUCUGCACGCGGUUUGAGCCUGCGCGCUUCACGCAAGAGAAGUACGAGCUGUUUGUGCGGUACCAGCGUGCGGUGCACCACGACACGGGGACGAUCGAGCCGCUGCAGUUCAACAAGUUUCUGUGCGAGUCGCCGUUCCCGGAGGACGUGGUGCUGGGCACGGCGGAGGAGUGGGCGGAGCUCAACGGCUGGCGGAGCGCGCGACCGGGCCAGCGCUUCCGGCGCGUGGGCCCGGUGCACGAGUGCUACUACUUCGACGGGAAGCUGAUUGCGCUGGGCGUCUCUGACUUUCUGCCGAGCGGCGUGUCGUCGGUGUAUUUCAUCUGGGACCCGGACUACAGCAAGUGGUCGCUGGGUAAGCUGAGCGCGCUGCGCGAGAUGGCCAUUGUGGAGCGCAUCGGGCGCAGCUACUACUACCUGGGCUACUACAUCGAGGACUGCCCGAAAAUGAAGUACAAGGCCAAGUACGGCGGCGAGCUGCUGGACGUGUGCAACAACCAGUACUUGCCGCUGCGCGUGCUCGAGCCCUUCAUCGAGCACGGGCGGUUCUUCGUCCUGGACCGCGCUGAGCCUGACGCAGACUGCUCCGACGACGAGGCCGGCGAUGACCCGCUCAGCGAGCUGCCGCUGGACGAUCGCGCGCGCCUCGACCCAGCCGCGCCCCUGCGCGACGUCGUCGAGCGCAUCUACGGCGCCAGCGGCGGCGCCUUCGCCGCUGCAAACCAGGCCGUCGAGGGCCUGGUCGACCUCGGCGUCGAGUACACCCCGCAGCUCGACGUCGGCCUCUUCCCGUCCGAGACCCCGGACCUACGUGACUGCCUCGCCGACGUCUACCAGCUGCCCAACGUCGUGCCCGGGCUCGUCCCUCUCUGGCAAAUCCUCAAAAUCCUCAAGAGCGGCGAAAUCCGCCACAUAAACACCAAAUUGAUGAUCUACGACACCCGCCUUGGGCGUGUGCGUCUCGUCCGCGAUUUCCACCAGGAAGCAAAGACGACUAAGCGAGUCAUAUGCAAUGUCAUCAGGCUCAUCGGCCUUAAAAAUACCGCAAAUUCUCUAAUUGUUAUAUAA